ACUGUUUGUUCGUUGUUGAUACUAGCACAACAAACACACUGUAAUGGCGAAAAUCAAUCAAACAGCAAUAUUCAAUCUAUUAAUCAUAUGCCUACUGUUAUCUUCAUCAUGUAUACAGAUCUCCUAUUCUUCAAAAUCACCUGGAGUUGCUCGUAAAGAUGACAUACCUUUCAUCAAAUGUCAAGUAUGCGAGAAGCUCGCGAAGCAAUUAUACGAACAAGUUCGUGACAAACAAGCUAAUAUUUCACCGAAAAAGGUAUCGGAGUAUGAGGUAAUUGAGAUUUCUGAGAAUGUAUGCAAUUUGAAGAAGCUAGAAGCUGAUUGGAUCUUGAAAAUUGAUAUUGUGGAGCAAGGCGAUAGAUUGGAGCUUGUUGAACAAGAUUCCGAAGGCCAAUGUGGUUCCGAAUGCAAAACUAUAGAACGGGCUUGUCAAGAGGUUAUAGGAUACUAUGACACAGAUGUUGCAGAGUAUAUUUACAAAAAGAAGCCUUCAAUGAGUUCAUUGGUUAAUUUCCUCUGCAAAGAUCUGACUGAAGCAUGUAGUACUAAGCCACCACCGGUCCCUAAGGGUCGGGAGCCAGGUGAGCCCUUUGUCGCAAAGUCAGCAAAAGAGGCUGAAAUGGAAAAGAUGUUGAAAUCAAUGGAGGGUAUGCCGGGAGCACCUGGCAUGAAAAUGUAUUCAAGGGAAGAACUCAUGAGUGGAAAAGGCUUUAAUGAUGAAGAUGCAGAUGAUGACGAUGAAGAUGAACCAUCAAUCCCUUCGAACUUGGGCAAGAUCUUAAGGGAAAAAGAAAGAAGCAAGAAAAUGGAUUGGAAAGAAAAGAUCACAAAAGGGAUAAAAGAUGUUCAUGAAGCAACAAAGAAACAUGCAACCAAGAUGGCUUUUAGGUUGCAAAAAUGGUGGAAAGCAAAGAAGGCCAGCUACACACACAAGAAGUCAAAAUCUGCCAAAGUUGAACUCUAGGGUUUGAUUCUUUUCAACAAAAUUUUGUAAACAAACUUUUGUUUUCCUUGCUGUUUUUUGGCAGUUGAGCUGUAUAAUAUUUGGUAAAUUUAAGGGAAAAUGGUAAGUUAUAAUGUUAUAUGAAACAUGUUUAACUAACCUGUACUUAUCAAGGGGCGGUUUAUAUAAAUUAGCAAUACAUACACAUUUGGCC